AUGGCUCGAUCGGGGAGAGGGACGCAGGCCCGGCUACCUCUACUCCUCUCAGCCGCGGUGGUCGCAGCGCUCUCUUCGGCGCCGAACUUCGCGGGGCCCCUGUGGGUGCGCGCAAGGUGCCCGUUGGAGGAACUGUGCCACCCUUUGGUCACGUCGGCUUUGCUGCCUCUAAAGGCAGCUUCAGGGCAAGCCUCCAGGGCUCGCCUCGCCCUCCGGGCGCACCAUGGCAGGCCCAAGCGAACGAAUCCGAAGGCCAGGAAGAGGAGGGCCAGACUGCAGAAGGAAGAAGCCAAGAAGGAGAGAAAAGAGGUGGUGAUGAAACGGAAGGGCCAGAGGCCUAGAAAGCCAACGGCAGUUAAGUCGGGAGCAAGGGCGGAGGCCAAGUCUGCAUUGGACCUCCCCGCCGAAGCUUCCCACCUUCUCCACGGGCGCUGGUCCGGCCACGGGGGCCAGGCUGCUAAGCUGCAGUUGAAACUUCAGGGCUACCAGGUGGUCAAUCACAUACAACGUGAGAAAGAGAGCCUCAGCCGCGAGGUCGGCAUGCUCGACAAGAAGAUCCAGACGAUCGAGCAGGACAACCGCAAGGCCAAACUCCACCGCGAGAAGCAGCUGGCGGAGCAAAUGGAGUCUUGGAAAGCGAAGGUGCGCGAGGAUGCCCUAGAGGCUGCUGGCCGAAAGGCCCCGGACGGCUGCUGCGAGCAGUUUGGCGGCAUCGAGAUCUCAUGGGAGUCGACGCCAGCGACUUGCAGCAUCCUCCCAGAUGCGCAGAAGUUUCUUCGUUUGAGGGAGCAGACUGGCAUCCUGGCUGCCAUCGAUGGCGAAGACGUCCAUCGCAAGAGCCGGACAGAGGUUCUGAAGCUGUUCGCGAAGUUCCAGGGCUCGAUUGAGGUCCUCCCGCCUGAGAGCAUCUUUGCCUCGAUGUGGCUCUCGGCCCACCAGGCCUUGGAAGGGGAGUCACUCCCAGACCUGGAGUGCGCGGAAGGCUCCGACUGGCUGGCCGGCAUGCGCCUGGCGUGGACGAAGCCUCCGGUUGUCCGGGAGCUCUCCGCGGAGUCCAUGCGGCACUUCCCUGGCCUCACGGUCGGUGAUCAUCUGCUGGAGGUGGACGGCACCGAGGUGCCAGGGCUGACAAGAGGACAAAUCCUUGAGUUGCUGGCAGACCUGAAGGGCGACAUGCGCCUCCUGCCCAAGGGUUCUUUCCGCCUGUGGCUGAUUCAGAAGGAUGCCCGCAAGGCGCUGCAAAGUGGCCCAGAAGAGGACCCAGAAUCGCAAGGCAGCGGCGGGUGCGAUUGGUGUGGGGGUAUUCUGAUCGCCUGGGCGGCUCCACCGUUUGUUCGCGACAUCACCCCAGAGGCACACGCUGCCUUCUCUGAGCCAGUGCAUCCCGGAGACGUGUUAACUCAGGUAGAUGAUGCAGAUGUGCGGGGGAUGGGGAGGAAGGCCACUUUGGAGCUCUUGGCAGCCAUGAAGCAGAGCAUCACCUUCAUGGCAGCAUCUCGUCACCGGUUCAUGCAGUCUGUGGCUCUCCGAGCACCAGAGGAUGAGGAAAGUUGGAUUGGUGGGCUUCUGAUUCACUGGACCUCUCCACCUGUGGUAAAAGAGGUCUACCCAGAGUUCCAAGGAUUCUAUGAGCAGCCUGUCUCACAAGGUGACAGGUUGGCGUCAGUUCAUGGUACGGAUGUGGAGGGCAUGGACAGGGCCGCUAUCCUGGGCCUGCUGUCGAUCUAUCCCGAGAGCUUCAGCCUUCGCUUCCUCACUGCGCACCUGCUGCGCAUGCAUGAAGAUGCAGCCAUGGCCCUAGAGCGCGGAAAGAAGCGCCACCCGAAGUUUCGCGAAGGGCACAACUGGAUUGGGGGAGUCCAGCUCCUCUGGACCAUUCCACCCCAAGUGCUGCAGGUGAAGAAGGAGGCUGAGGCGAUCUUUCCAGAUGCCCUGCCCGGCAACUACCUGGCGCUCGUGGACGACCAGAAUAUAUUCGUGGGUAUGCGGACGCGCCGAGAAAUCCUGCAGAACCUGAAGAGGUGCAAGUCCGUCGCUUUCCUGGACGGUGAGAGGCUGGCCGGGUACGCGGCGAUCGCGAAGCAGGUGCUUGGCGACCUCAUGGAGGCGUUGACAGGUGGCGAUUUCCAGGCGGCAGAUGAGUGA